GAAUCGACAAUUGUCUGCAAAUGGUGAAUACAUAUAGAAAGGUGGCGGGGGCCGGGCCGGCCAGCUAGGCUACAGUAAAGUACAGAAGAACAACAAAGAACAAAUCGUCCUCCAAUUAGAAUAUUUAGGGUUUGGGAAUUUUGCUGUGCAAGCCAAGGAAGGAAGUGUGGGGGCUUUAGAAAGUGGUUUUGCAGGGAAGGAGGCUUUCGUAUGAUCGUAUCCCCUGCCAGAAGGUUUCCGGAAACGACGUUUUGUUCACUCACAGUAUUUAUUUUCAUUUGUUGAUUUAAUCAUCGGUAACGAAACGAGUACCUUGGAAUCACACAUCCAUGGCGGAGCAUUAAUAGCAACACGACAGGAAGGGCUGCAUCCCGGAGCCGUGAGGGCCCACACUUUCCCCAACGGCCAUCUAUAUCCCCAAUAAUACGUUUUCCUUUUCGGGAGAUGACGUCGCUGUAAUUCUUUACUCCGCUGCGUCGGCUACAGAAAACGAGGAACGAUUCAGCGUGUUUAUCCGAAACCGAAAUAAGCUUUCCUUAUGGCGGAGGAUUUCGAGGCGGCGGUGGAGGACGGGCUGCGCCUCUCGAAGAGAGUGUACUUCGGGAAGGACCGGGCGGUCGCGCCGCCCAAGCCGGCGGCGGCGAUGGAGAGAGCGGUCGCCGCCGCCGUCGGUGGUUCUUAUCUUCCUACUGCUCCAAUGUUCUACGCCGUGAUCACCGACCCGGCGAUCGUCGACAAUCCUGAUAUGCCGAGCUAUCAGCCGUACGUGUACGGCAAGUGUGAUCCUCCGGCCUUGAUUCCGCUCCAGAUGCUUGCGGUUUCCCUCGAGGCGGAUUGCUGUUUGGACACGGCGUUUGUGACUGUGACCGCCACCUGGCGAUUGCACUGCGUGAUGUCCAGUCGCAGCUGCGACUGCCGCGUCGCUGUUCCCAUCGGCGACCAGGGUUCACUUCUAGGUGUUGAGAUUGACCUUCCCAAUAAAUCCUAUUGCACUCAAUUAAUCGCUCCGAAAAAUGAAAAUGGUACAGAAAAGAUUGGACAUAUCAAAGAUGGAUUCUUCUUGAAAGACAAUAUAUUCAUUCUUACAAUCCCACAGAUUCAUGGAGGAACCAAUAUAUCUGCUAAACUUAGAUGGUCUCAGAAAUUAUUGUAUCAUGAUGGUGAAUUCACCUUGAGCAUUCCGUUUGAUUUCCCCGAGUAUGUGACGCCUCCUAUGAAGAAACUCCCUAAACGGGAGAGGAUACAAUUAAAUGUGAAUGCUGGUCCCGGAACAGAGAUUCUAUGCAAAACAACUAGUCAUCCUUUGAAGGAGAAGCUAAGGAAAGCUGGAAAGUUGGGCUUCUUAUAUGAAUCUGAUGUCCUUUCUUGGUCGAGCAGUAAUUUUAUGUUCACAUACAGUGUAUCUUCAAGUCAUAUAUUUGGUGGCGUGCUUUUGAACCCUCCAAUCUUAGAUGAUGAGGAUCGUAGAGAUACGUUCUGUUGCUAUCUUUUUCCAGGGAAGCAGCAGAGUGAGAAGGUGGUUUUUAGGAAAGAAGUGGUGUUUGUUGUUGAUAUAAGUGGAAGCAUGACGAGUAAACUGCUUAAAGAUACCCAAAAGGCCAUCCUUUCUGCAUUGGCCAAGCUUGAUCCUGGGGACUCUUUUAAUGUGAUUGCGUUCAAUAAUGAAGUUUUUCUAUUUUCCACAACUAUGAAACCGGCAACUGAAGAAGCUAUUAAAAAUGUCACCCAGUGGAUUAAUACGAAUUUUAUUGCUGGCGGUGGAACUAAUAUCUUGCUUCCUCUAAAUCGGGCUGUUCAGAUGCUAUCCGACACCUGCAAUGCGAUCCCAUUAGUUUUUCUCAUUGCUGAUGGAUCUGUGGAAGAUGAGAAGCAUAUUUGUGAUGUAAUGAAAAAUCAGUUAUCAAAUCAAAAGAAUAUUCAUCCAAGAAUAUACACGCUUGGCAUAGGCACAUUCUGCAAUCAUUACUUUCUCCGAAUGCUUGCUAUAAUUGGCAAUGGCCAUCAUGAAGCUGCUACUGAUGUGGAUUCCAUUACUGUUCGAAUGGAAAGACUGUUUGCUAGAGCAUCAUCUAUCGUUCUUGCCAAUAUUGCUUUUCAGAAUCUCAAUGAACUCGACGAUCUUGAGGUGUACCCUUCUCAAAUUCCAGACGUUUCGAGUGAAAGCCCCUUGAUUGUGUCAGGGAGAUAUUCGGGAACAUUUCCAAAGACCAUUAGAGUAAGUGGUAUUCUUCCAGAUGAAAGCAACUUUACUCUCGGUCUGGAUGUUGAAGACAAUGAAGAGGUUCAAAUUGGCAAGAUAAUAGCCAAGCAUCAGAUUGAACUACUGACAGCUCGCACAUGGUUCUCCGGCGAGCAGAAGCUCAAGGAGAAGAUAGAAAAACUCAGCACCCAAUACGGCAUUGUUUCCGAACAUACAAUCAUGGCCUUAGUCGAGACCCCAGUUGCAAAAACAAGUGCUCAGUCAUCGGGUGCACAGAAGGUUUCCAGCAAGAGCAGUCCUCCAAAAAAGACACAGGACUCCAAACCUCAGAGUAAGACAACUCUACUGCUCAAAAUGGGAGUCGGUUUUGGCGACAUAACUGCAACUGCAGAAAAUAUAGCUCCAGGAUCCAGCACCAUCAAACCUUCGGAUCCUGGCGAGGUUUUUGUCAAGGCAGCUUCCAAUUGCUGCGGAAAUCUCUGUAAUCGCUGCUGUUGCAUGUGCUGUGUCCAAGCAUGCUCACGGGUAAACGACCAGUGCGCCAUCGUGCUAACUCAGCUGUGCGGCGCUUUGGCUUGCUUAGGUUGUUAUAUGUGCUGCGGGGGACAAGAUGGAUGACACACCUGUUUCUUUUAACUACAGCUUCUGAGAAAUUUGUAAACUAUUUUAUAGCUAAUUUUUAUAACAUGUAUAUGGGCAUUUUUUUUCUUUACUUGUGGAAGAACUAGAAAUGUAUACGGCUCUAAAACAUUUGGCUGAAAUUAAAUUAAAUGUUUCUGAAUAAUAGAUGAUGAUGUGUUCUAUAUCAAAAA